AUCCAACGGCUCUCCGUCAGAGACUCAACGGUCUGUGGGAGACUUAGCGUCGCUUCCCUUCCGCCUCACACAUCAGUUACAUGUUUUAUUCGUUCUUGUCUCCGUUUUAAAGGGAAACCUUGGACGUGAAAAACAACCAGCACUCGGUUGCUCAUUGAGAUGUUUUCGGUAAAAUACCACCCAGUUUUCCUCCUUCUUUUGUGCCUACGAGCUGUUGCGGCCCACGUGGAGCCGCCAGCCAACGUUACCCUCGUCUGUCACAAUCUGCACAACGUUUUGAAGUGGAGUUACGAUCAAUUCGUGCCAGGGCUUGCGUUCAAGGUUGCAAUCAGCUCAACAUCAAGUGCUCCUGACGUGCUUUGGGUGUCCCCACCAAGUCUACAAGCUGAUGUCUCCAUCUCGGAUAUAGAUUAUGACUACUUUCUUACUGUAUCUGCUGUGAUUGGACAGAAUGAGUCUGAUCCCGCUCCUCCUGAUGGAAUCACUUUCAGCUAUUUCCAUGGUUCACUAGUAGGACAGAAAUGUUCUGUCGACUUCCCACCAGUUACUGUCACUGCCCAACAGGAUGGCCCUGUUCAUUACCAGUUUAAGCAUCCCUGGUUGUUGUACUCUGAGAGGUUGGCUAAAAAGUCAGAACAAAAGAAGAAAAGUGCUGACAAAGAGUUCCUACCGGAAUUGCAGUAUGACGUUGGGGUCUUCAACCAGGAGGAACAUAGCCAGAGGUUCUCCUGUGAGGACAGUGUGUGUAAGGGGAAUCUCACAGGGGUCUCCACACCGGAACUCUGUCUGAAGUUCUCAGGCGAGAUGGCCAAAGUGUCCGUUCAGGCCACAGGAGAGUCCUGCGCCCUGCUGGUUAGUCCCCCACCAAAUGACCAAAAAGAUUAUGUCUACGUCAUCAUCGGCCUCUUGAUCUUGGCUGCAUUCGCCUUUGUCGUCUUCAUGGUGUACAAAAAAAAGACCAAUGCCUCAAGCUCCAAUUUCCCAAGCGCUAUGACUAUCACAAAUACACUGAAACAGAUCAUUGUGCAAGAAGUGGAGCAUGUCUCACCCACACCUCUUCUGUCAAAUGAAACGGUAGAGAAAAAAGAGAAAGAAUUUCCACCGUCUCCUAUUUCCUCUACUGACUGUGAAGGCUGUCAGCCCUUCGGGGUGCUGACCGAGGCUGAUGAGUGUGAUGUUGUGGAGGUAGGGACAGAAGAAGGACCUGGCUACAUGCCAGGAAGCAACUUGGAAGAAGAUGAUGCACAAUCCGUCGGCGAGCUCCCCUCUGGUUAUGAAAAACGUGAGGUGUUAGUGGAUUUAGGAUUAAAUGAACAAGCUGAGGGUUACCGUGGUUGAAUGUGGAACUCAACAUUGUGGAUCACUGAAUAAUCCCUACAGCAGCUUGUGCAAAGUUCUGGUUACACAUUUCAGGAGGUUCGGUUUGUGUUAUUUCCUUGCCAGAGCAUAAGGGUGCCAAGUAAACAUAAUGCCAAGAAUAUAAGCCUUUGUGAAAAAAAUUCCAUUGCGACCAGAAUUACACCACUCAAAUGGCCUUACAGUUAUAAAAUAGUUAAAAUAGAUCAAUGUAGUUACCAAACUCAAUCAGUCACCGCAAUCUCAACUCUUUCUGCUAUUUGUGUUAAGCCCUGCCGCCUAUGAUUGAAUCUGUUGCAAUCACAAACAUUUCAUACAGUGCUAGUAUGUGGAAGCAAAUCAUAUUACCUCAUAUUAAUGUGUGAUGAACUACAUUGCAUGGGGGCAAGCUCCACCAGCUGACCUACCAGGGUCACCACAUUGUGACUCAGAGGGAUUUAACUGUACUUUAUCUCGUAUGUUACAUAUUCAAAUACUAUAGUAGCCAGGAUAACAUUUAGAUACUGUUUAAUGAAUAUCUGUAUUUCAUACAGUAACAACUAUUUACAUCUGUUGCAUGUUCCCAGCCAUUGCUAUACUCGCCAGUAAGAGUGCUGGGUGGUCAAAAUACUGUGUUCACUGUGGAAUAGUAUGUCUUAUGAAUACUGCCAAUAAAAUAGUGUCCUCUUGCUUAUUUGCACUUGAACUGGAAGUUAGAGCAUCUUUAACUUCUGUAACGUGAAAUGUACUAUUUGGGGCGGGUUUAGUUACUAGAUUGGUUUGGACGGAUUUGAUUCCUAGAAAGUCUGCGGUCUGUCUCCUCCUUUGCCUCUCUAACCUGCUGGUAGAUCAGGGAGAGAACGAGGGAGAAAUGAGUAAAUUCUCCACUGGAAAUGCUGUUUUUAUAGGAUGUGUGGGGUUGGCUGUUGCCUUAAAUUACAUUAUUUUAGAUAAUAUAGACACCCCGAAGUUAAAGAUGAGUUGUCAAAAACGAAACAACUUAAAAUGUAUAGUUGUUACCUUGGAGAAAGGUAAACGACUGGCCCGAUUUUCAUCAAACUUUGUGGAAGAGCUAACCAUGGACCAAGUAAGAACCAAUUGAAUUCUGGAACAGAUCGGAAUAAUGGGCAGAUAUUUUUCACUUUCCUAUGGUAAAAUGAAUUUGUCGCGCUUGUGUGAAGUCAAUGUGAACAUACAACGAAACAGCCACCUCAAACAUAGAACACAAAUGCAGCGGAAAAAAUCGAUGGUUACACUGCGCUCCUCUGUCCUCUCUGCAUGACAGCAACAGACAGGCUGCAGUGAACCAGGUGAAGUGAAAGGUCCCGUUUUACUCAAGUACAAAGAUAUUUCUGCCACUUGUUUAACUGUUGGUGAAUUGUGAAGAUUAAACUAACACGAAACUGUCUGUAUGUAGUCCGUUUAUCUUAGUUUGAAACAUAUUUCACCAAUUAUUUGGAAAUGGCAGCCAGGCCUCCAAAUAAGGCCGUCUGGUACCCGCAGACUGAAUCACAACAGCAGCAGAGCGAAGAGGACAGGCGACCUCAGCUGAGGUAUGGCACUGCUUCAGUGCCUUUCUGGUUAUAUAUAUUGUUUAAUGAGCAUGUUAUUGUUACUAUUAUUUGUUUUGUAUUGUGUUGAUAAGUUUAAGUUUUGGUGUAUGCAUUUACCUCCACCAAGGAGAAUAUGUUUUUGAAGGGAAUAAUAGGGCAGGUAACAUUGCCAGUUGGGGCAAAUUAAUGAUGUAUUGAGCUGAAUUCGUUGCACAUGCUCAAACCUGUCGUAAUUAAAGUGAAUGGAGUGCCUUGACUAAACAUACAAUAAAACAUAAUAGUCCCCUCAAACGUCUCUGUAGAAACAAAACACCUUGGUGGAGGUCUGCGCUGACAUUUUCCACGUAUUUGGCAAAUAAUAAGAGAUAAUUGGACAAUUAAUACAGGGAUUCAAGAUAAGAACUUUAAAAUAUUUGUUGUAUAUAUUUUAUUUUGUUUUAGGGCAGUUUAGGAACCGCAAUGAAUUAAGUUUCUCAUGAAAUGAGUGGAAAUCUUGCACUUGAAACAGGAGAAUGGAGCCUUUAUGUGUGUAAAAUGGUUCAGUCCACCAAUUUCAAAUGGCUGUGAUUAAUAGAUCUUUCUGCGUGUAAUUAAGUUGAAUAUAAACACAAGCACUUAACUGCUAGCAAUCUGCACAUAAUCUUUUUAUCUAUGUUGUUAGGUCUGUGAUGUUGUCCACAUAAUAUCUCCUGUGCUGUAAUUUUGUUUUAGUGUUUCAUUAAAGAUUAAGAUAUGUGUUUUCA